GGCAGCUGCAGCACAUUUGAAUGUAUAUAGGGGGGAUUUGAAAGGACCAUUACCAAUGGGCCAUCUGUCUCCCAGCCAGCAGUAGCAGCACACACUAGGAUCAGCCUGUCUAUAUAGUCACAGUGAUCAGCACCAGGGGUUGCAAGCACUGUCUCUGCCAGCAUGGUGUUAGUCCACGUAGGAUAUCUUGUUCUUCCAGUCUUUGGCUCUGUACGGAACCGAGGUGCCCCAUUUCAGCGUUCCCAGCAUGGCCAUGCUACCUCCUGCCGACACUUCCAUCUAAGCCCUCAACCUCAGCUUCCCGACUUCCCUAUCCAUCCUCACCCGGUUCAGCCACAACAAGGAAUGACCUCUCACAUGGCUUCUGCUCACCAGCAUAAUGGACCACUGCACCAGCCCCUGCCACCUCUGACUGGUCUACAGCUUCAGGAGGUGGCAGGACCCUCCUUCCUACCUCAGGCCCUACACCAGCAAUACCUUCUCCAGCAACAGCUCCUGGAGGCUCAGCAUCGCAGGCUAGUCGCGCAUCCCAGGCGGACUCAAGAGCAAAUGUCUGUGCAUCCACAUCGGUUACGCCCAAGCUUUGACUUCAACCAACAAGUACAAAUGCCUCAACCUCUAGGGCCCAGGUACUUGGCUGAAGGAACAGACUGGGACCUCAGUGUAGAUGCCAGUUUGACGCAUCCUCAGUUCCAAGUACGACCUGUCCCACAGCACUAUCAGCAUUACUUAACGAGUCCUCGCCUACACCACUUCCCAAGGACCACAUCUCUAACACAAAUGGUUGUCCAUGAGAUCAGAAAUUACCCUUAUCCGCAGCUUCAUCUCCUUGCCCUCCAGGGUCUCAGUCCAGCGCGGCAUACGUCUGCUGUGAGGGAAAGCUAUGAAGAACUGCUGCAGCUAGAAGACAGACUGGGAAGUGUGACGCGAGGAGCCGUGCAGAACAUCAUAGAAAGGUGUACGUUUCCACACAAGUACAAGAAGAGAAUGCCACAUGGUGGCAAAGACACAAAAGAAGAUGAGGAGGAGACGGAUACGGAUGAAAAGUGCACAAUCUGCCUGUCGAUGCUUGAAGACGGAGAGGACGUGAGGAGGUUACCCUGCAUGCACCUGUUCCACCAAUUCUGCGUUGACCAGUGGUUGGCGACCAGUAAGAAGUGUCCGAUCUGCCGAGUGGACAUUGAAACGCAACUGGGAGAAGACAGUUGAGAGAAAGAGGACUUUUGUCAGGAUCCCAUGUUCCUUAUCAGGUCACGUGGCCAUAGCCUGCAGCAAAACUUUUGCCUUCUGAGCCAUUUGUUUUAGAGGACAGCCUGCAAGCACAUUAUUCUGUAGUCGAAUUGUGGGCAUGUAACAAUUACCAGAGGAUCUUAACAGCCAUAAUGCCCUGUUGCAUUGGAAGCUGGCCUUCCUAGAGCCAAAGAGGGCGAUUGCUGGAGAUGGAGACUAGCUCUUGGAGGUACUAGUGUGGUAGUCUGGCUUGCCAAUCCUGCACUUCAGAGGAUUGUAUAUAUACCUCUCCGAUAAGUAGAAUCAAGUUAGGGGUACUUAGCUACAGUAUUUAUGUGGACGGCAUCUGGAGCAUGUUAGCUUAUUUCAAAAAAAUGUUCUGUGUUUGAUGCCCUAGUCAUCUUGUGGUGGACAUGUUGCUAUUAGCCUAAUUUUGCACCAAAUUAUUUUUUUUUUUAUUUAUAUAUAAUUUUUUUUCAUUUUGUCUAUUUUUUUUUUGGUGCUUGGUUGAGCCAUAGUGGUUGAUACAUCAAAAUUUC